CCCUCCUAAAAAUCUGAGGCUGAGUGAGUGGCAGUAGCAGAAACUCCUUAGAUGGACGCACUCCAAAUCCACCCACACAGCCUCUCAUCCUCCCCCAAUUUCAUGAACCCUAUCUCCAAAAUCACACCAAAACUUGCCCUCUCUGCUCCUAAAUUUAGGGUUUUCUGUGCAACUUCCCUCAAUUCAACCAACACCCAUGAUCCAAUUCCUGCCCCAAGUUCCACCGGUACUGUUUUGAGGAGCAGUGGUAAGGCUAGGGUCAAGGUUUCUGAUACUCAGUACAGAGAAAACUGGCUUGCUUCUCUCUCUUGCCCCUUUCCAGAUGAGAAUGAGCGGCCAGGAAUUCGAAUGGACUCGGCUGAGAGCAAUGCCGGUACCCAAUGUGUUAUUGGGAUCGACCCAGAUAUUUCUGGAGCCUUAGCGCUGUUGAAAACCGGUGAUUCUGGGUGUUCUGCUCAGGUAUUUGAUUCUCCUCACUUGCAAAUUCUUGUUGGCAAAAGAGUUCGAAAACGUUUAGAUGCCAAAUCUAUAGUUCAAUUGCUUCGGGGUUUUGACGCUCCAAUUGGAACUAUAGCAUAUAUAGAGCAGUCAAUUCCUUAUCCUCAAGAUGGGAAACAGGGGUGGUGGAGUGGUGGAUUUGGGUAUGGAUUAUGGAUUGGUAUCUUAGUUGCCUCAGGAUUUUCUGUUGUUCCAGUACCAUCUACCUUAUGGAAGAAUGAGUUUAAACUGUCUGGAAACGGCACAAGUAAGGAUGAUAGCCGGAGGGUGGCAUCCACAAUGUUUCCAUCUAUGAGUUCUCUAUUAAAAAGGAAGAAAGAUCACGGCCGAGCUGAAGCUCUACUGAUCGCUGCUUAUGGCAAAGGACUGAAAAUGAAGUCAGACUUUCCAUGCAUCUCAGAACAAUUCGAAUCGAUCCCUUACAACUAGCAAACUGCCCCAGAUCCAACUCUAUUUUGCCACAGCAUUUUAAUUGCUGCUGGGGUGUUCAUCGUCUUUGGAAGUAUGAUGGAAUGUGAAGGAACGGUGGAUGACCCAGAUCGAAAGAUUCCAUCCUUUCAAAAACCUCAAUUGUUGUAUCAGAUUUAAGAAGACUGGAGUCAUUUAAAGUAUUCUUGUGGGCUGGAAGUUCCUAUUAUGUAUGAGUUCAUUGUAAUCUAGCUUACUAGGGAAUUUGCUAAUGGAAGAUAGAUCUUGUAUUGAAAAAUCAUCCAUUCCUGUGCUUACCAAAAAUUUUAUACCUGUUGUUCUUGUUAUUUGGA